CAUAGGCUGCUUGUAUAAAUUCCAUGACCGACCUGUAACAUACUUGUACAACACUCUACACUACUACGAGCGAAACCUCCGUGAUCGACCCGCACUGAAGCGUCGCCUGGUGUCUGCUGUUCUCAGUUCUCUCAAGGACAUAAGAGCGCCAGGUUGGAGCUUGUCGGAACCGUACACAGGCUAUAUGAGUGAUCCUGUACUCACCUGGGAGCCCGACCUGGACUACUAUAUCCAGCUCGUGAGACGCAUCGUUGACACCAUGGCUGGCACUGCUCACUUCCCAGCUACAGACUGGCGCUUCAACGAGUUUCCCAAUCCUGCUGCACACGCGCUGUACAUGACCUGUGUGGAACUGAUGGCUGUUCCUGUGACACCCAACAUUGUUGGAACUUGUCUGCUAGACGUUAUCGCCAAGGGGUAUACAGUGAUUCCAUCAACACAGAUACAGCUGUGGAUCAACUCGAUUGGGUUGCUGAUGGCGGCACUGCCAGAUUCGUACUGGCUCACUCUCCACGACAGGUUGCUGCAGGUCGUCACAUGCCCACAGUUGGCAGCAUGGCCGUACUUCAACUCUCCCUUCCAGAUGUUCAACUUUGAUGUCCACACACAACUGUCUGCUGGAGAACAAGUUCUCGUACACUCUCGCCACAGCGCAUGCUAUGUGGCACCAUGCUGGCAUAGGCCAGAUAGCUACAGUUCCUCAAUUUGUAAAGGAGAAGCUGUCAGUUGCUAUCAAAACAGAAGAGCAGUUCCUAUUCCUGUGUCACUUGGUUGGACCGUUCCUACAAAGGCUCAACACAGAACGUCCUCGUUCCAUUGUGGAGAUCACUGCCACCCUCUAUCACCUCUUGGAGCAGGUGGACAAGAAUGUCACCCAUCUCAACCAUAUUGACUCCAUCUGUGACUUGCUUUAUCACAUAAAGUACAUGUUUGUGGGAGAUUCCAUGAGAGCUGACAUUGAAGGUAUCAUCAGGCGACUGCGGCCAGCCCUGCAGAUGAGGCUGAGGUUCAUCGCACACCUCAACAUCGACGAGAUUGCAGAGCCCAGAG